AUGAGUCUUAACUACAUCAUACUGGGAGGGAGGGAGGCGACGAUACCUCUGACGUACCGGCGCCUCAUCCAAGAGUGGGAUCUGAUGUUCAAUCAGGUGGGUACACCCGAUAUCUCCUUCAUCCUGGCUAAAGACGGCGUGGACACGGACCAACCAGUGUGGGACGCAACACGGAUGUACAAACCAAAAACGAGUUUUGAUGCGAGUCUACGCAGCCCCCUCCUGGUACCUGGCUCCCAGUACCGGAGGGCGCUAGUUUCCAUUGACGGAGAUUAUUGUGCAGAUGGGGAGUGUGGACAAUGCCAGGACGCCUACACCCAUUCCAGCCCCAGCAUCCGGGCCAGCCAGGACGAGGGGAUUCACACAUUCCUGACCCUGCAGACUGCCGAAUCCUGUGACGUGCCCAUCCAGCACAGCGUCAACAUCUCCCACAGCGCUGCACCCCUGCUGCUGUCUCACUGCGUUUCCCUGGGCGUCACCACCGUGGCUGUGGAUGUGCAUUACUAUCCACCCCACUCAGCUUCUUCCACUUUCACUUCUGCUGCUCUGGAGCUCGGUGAUGGCUCACCACUGCCUCAGAGACAGGGAUAUGACCAGGCGGCUCCUAAAAUGCAUUAUGUGCAGAGGACGUGUUUGUAAAUAAACGCCGCACAUUGAAGAAGGACCAGUACAGAGUGCAGGAGAGGAAUACAUGGGGGAAUAAUGAAGAAGAAAACAGGAAGAAAAAACACUCUGAAUAAACUUUUUUUUUCUGCC